UGGUAUGAUUUCUUGAUUUUGGGUUUUUGUUAAUGGCUUUUGCUAUGAUUCUGGAUGUAUAAACAUAAUCUUUUUAUUAACGUGGGUUGAAAACCUGUUUCAAAUUGAUCAUCUUUCUAUCAGAAAUAUUCUCGUCUGGUUAAUAUGAUGGAAGGUUCUCCAAAUGGCUACCACCGUCCGCAACCUCAUCACCGCCACCACAAUCUUAAUCGCGGAUUGUUGUUCAGGGUUCCACGACAUAAUUACAAUGCCCAACAAGCACAAAGAAAUCUUGGUCAGCAUUCCUCAGCAUCAGCUUCUCAUGGCAAGACUAAUCCUAUCAAGUUUGGUCAUAAAUCUGAAUCACGUUCAGGAUACACAGAAAGGAAGGACAAGGCUUCACGGAAGCAGGAACGAAUCAGAUCAAAUAGAUUGGUGAUAGAUGUUGUGUCUGGUGAUUCGAUGAAGAUGAUAUGUCGAUUAUGCUCCGCUUCUACUAGCGAUAACUCAGUUGUUGCAGUUCUUGUCUGUGGUCAUUUUUAUCAUGCAGACUGUUUGGAAACAAGAACUUCUCAAGCAGAUAGAAGGGAUCCUCCAUGCCCAUUAUGUGUGAAUUCACAUAGUGCCAAUUGAUCCGUUAGAUACUCGUAAGUUAUUGUACAUAGUGCUGAAUGUGCCUGUACUUCAGUUUGUAGAUGGCUAGUCUCAAGGAUUCCUUACCUUGUGUAUUGUUAAGUACCCAUAUGCUUUUUUGUGCAGCACUUGUACAUUGACUCUUGUUUGCUGCAAAAGAAUCUAGUCUUUAG